AUGAGAUGUGCUACUGAUUCAUCAGUGAAUCAAGAAGAAAAUCUCACCAACCUUUAUACAGUACAGUCAGAAUAUCAGUCUACUCAUAUCAAAGGGGAAUCUGCUUCACGUGAAGAAGAAAAUCUUCCAGACAAUGGCAGUUAUACACCCCUAGAAGAUAUACAGACUGAUGAUCAGUUGACUAAAAUUAAGGAUGAAUUGGCUUCUUGUGGAGAGGGAAAACCCACACACACUGCUAUUUAUACACCAACAGGACAAGCAGAAACAGAAUAUCCAUCUACAUAUAUUAAGGAGGAACAUGCCUCGUGUAAAGGAAAUUUCACAUACAAUGAGAUGAAUACACCCAUAGACCAUACACAGACAAAAUAUUUGUCAACACAUAUUAAAGAGGAACCAGACACUUAUGAAGGAGACUAUCUCACAGUCAUUUAUACACCCACUGAUUAUAUAUGUCCAGAUGAUUCAUCUAACCAUGUUAAGGAGGAAUCGUCCUCCUGUGAAGAAGACAUUGACAUUGAUACACAUUCGGCGCAAACACAGACAGAAUAUGCAUCAACUCAGGAAGAAGCAUUGACAUCUGGUAAUGAUUGUACCCCAUAUUGUAUAACUUACACGACAGAGAAAUCAUCUUCACUUUCUGACUCUGAAAAAUGUCCUUCAAAGAAUGCUCAAAUGGUUAAACAAAAAAGAACUCACACAAAGCCAAAACCAUAUACUUGCUCUGAAUGUGGGAAAUGUUUUACGCAGAAGUCAAAUCUUACGACACAUUUUAAAAUUCACACAGGAGAGAAACCAUAUUCCUGUCCUGAAUGCGGAAAAAGUUUUAUCCAGAAGGGUCUUCUCGAAAGACAUCAAAAAACCCACACAGGUGAGAAACCAUAUUCGUGUCCUGAAUGUGGAAAAUGCUUUACACAUAGCCAGUAUCUUGUUCAGCAUCAAAGGAUUCACUCAGAGGUGAAGCCAUAUUCCUGUUCUGAAUGUGGGAAAUGUUUUAACCAGAAACAAAAUCUUAAUUCACAUCAAAGACUGCAUGCUGGUAAUGCAGAUUCAUUUCCUUGUUCUGAAUGUGGGAAAUGUUUUACGCACAAAUCAAGUCUUACCAAACAUCUUAAAAUUCAUACAGGUGAGAAACCCUUUUCUUGUUCAGUAUGUGGCAAAUGUUUUAGACACAAGUCAAACCUUACUACACAUUUUACAAUCCACACAGGAGAGAAACCGUAUUCUUGUUCUGAAUGUGGGAAAUGUUUUAGCCAAAAACCACAUCUCAUUCAACAUCAGAGGCUGCACACAGGAGAGACACCAUUUUCUUGUUCAGAAUGUGGGAAAGGUUUCAACCAGAAACCCCAUCUUGUUUACCAUCAGAGACUUCACACAGGAGAGACACCAUAUUCCUGUUCUGAAUGUGGGAAAGGUUUUCGGAGGAAGGACAAUCUUCUUUACCAUCAGAAAACUCACAAAGGGGAAAAACCAUAUUCCUGUCCUGAAUGUGGGCAGAGUUUCUCCAACAAGGUUGACUUUGAUCACCACCAGAGCAAUCAUGAUGGAGAGUUACCAUGUAUGGAACAUUGA